AUGAGCACGGAGCAGGCACAGUCGCGUCCCGGGGGCCGGCGGGGCCGCGCUGCCGGGGACAAGAAGUCCAAGAAGCGCAGCCGGCGCAGAGAGACGUACUCCGCGUACAUCUACAAGGUGCUGAAGCAGGUGCACCCCGACAUCGGCAUCUCGUCCAGGGCCAUGAGCAUCAUGAACUCGUUUGUGAACGACGUGUUCGAGCAGCUGGCGGCCGAGGCGGCCCGGCUGGCCCAGUACUCGGGCCGAACCACCCUGACAUCCCGAGAAGUCCAGACGGCCAUGCGCCUGCUGCUGCCCGGCGAGCUGGCCAAGCACGCCGUGUCCGAGGGCACCAAGGCCGUCACCAAGUACACCAGUGCCAAGUGA